CAUUGUUUUCUUCUUUAAAGUGAGAGCGCACUUCUUCACCUUCUUGUCAGAACCAAAAGCUCAAAGCCCACACAACUCCCAAUUAUACGAUACAAAUAGAAAGAGCAACUCUUACCAUUUCAUUUUCCCUUUCUCUGUCUCAAACCAUCUUUUCUGGUCGUAAAUUAAAUAAAGGAAAUUCAUCACGUCAUGCCAUUAUUGGAGUAGUGCAAGUCUUCCCGGGUUAUUGGGAAGAAUUAUUGCUUGCAAAGGCAUGGCGGGUAAUUGCACGGAGGGUUUAGGUGAUGAUUUUUUGGAGCAGAUGUUGGUAUUACCUUCAGUGUAUAGCGAGAGUGGUGGGUACGACUUUGGGAGGAGCGUAGGAAGCAUGGCAAUAGGUGUGGGCAUGCCUUUGGAGUUUAAUUUGGAGCAUGGCUUUCUCAGACACCAACAAAGUAGUGUUGGUGGUAAUGACUACGAUCACCUUCCUCUCAAUAAUGCUAACAACACCACUACCUCAUCCUCUUCUUCUUCAGGAAUCACUGAAAGGGAUUCGAUGCAUAUGAGGGGUCUGUAUACAACGUUGGGACAGCUGCAUGGUCACGGCGGUGCCCAAUCUACGGUGCCGUCUCCUGCUCCAUUACUUCCGCCGCAUCACCGUCAGUUGCAGCCCCAUCAUGGGCAGCCACCAGCUCCAGUAUCUGUUGCUGCUGUUCCACAAGCAAGUGGCAUACGCCCUCGAGUGCGAGCAAGAAGAGGUCAAGCCACAGAUCCACACAGUAUUGCUGAGCGAUUACGUCGUGAAAGAAUCGCUGAAAGAAUGAAGGCCUUGCAGGAACUAGUUCCCAGCGCCAAUAAGACGGACAGAGCAGCCAUGCUUGACGAAAUUGUGGAUUAUGUCAAGUUCUUAAGGCUCCAGGUUAAGGUCCUUAGCAUGAGUAGAUUGGGAGGAGCUGGUGCAGUUGCUCAGCUUGUGGCUGAUGUUUCCCCUUCUGCAUUGGAGGGUGAGGACAUAGUAGGUGGAGCCAAUAAGCAAGCUUGGGACAAGUGGUUCAAUGAUGGCACAGAACAGGAAGUUGCUAAACUUAUGGAAGAAGAUGUUGGAGCUGCUAUGCAAUUUCUUCAGUCCAAGGCACUUUGCGUCAUGCCAAUAUCUCUAGCAUCAACCAUUUUUGGUACUUCCAUAUCAGAACCACCAUCACUCCUCACGCCUGAAUCAAACAGUUGACAAACAAUACAAAGGUUUGUUUAGCACAAUUCUCAUUCACAACUUUGGUCUUUUCUUCCUUUCUUGUGACAUGGCAAGCCUAUUUCUACUUUAUUAUUUACUUUAUAAUUGAUUCUCUAUUGGAUAAAGGGAUCAAGUUUGUGAUGUUGUUCAAUGUUUUCAAGCUUUGUCAAACACGGAAUGUCAUUCCAAAUAAGUUAAACAGGAUUAGCCUCAACAUGUUCUUGUAAUAUCGGUAGGGGGGUAGGCGGUGAAAGACCAAUAUUUGAGGUGGAUGGUUUUUUUUUUUACUUUGUUAUUGAUUUUGAAUUGGUGGAAAGUGAGAUCGAUUAAAAUGAAGGUAUGGGUGUAUGACGUAUCUGAAGAGAACUUCUAGUUAGCUGCCUUGUAAAGCUGUUUGAAAAUUAGAAAAGUUAGUAUUUUCUCGCCCAAAAGAGGACUUUUCAAGUAAAUAAUUGUACAGUACAGGUGAGUUUCGUUUGCCUCUUUGAAAAGUGAAUUGUCCCCUAUUGAAAGAUUAUUGAACCUAACGAUAACGAAGAAAGUGAAAAAAAGAAGCCUUCUUAUCUUUCCAUUAAUAUUCAUAAUUUUUUUAUUUAGAGAUGGGUGAGAAUCUCUCUUAGUUAAUGUAGGCAGUAGACAAGGCCAUAAGAAAGAUUUAUUCUUUUUUUUUUAAAAUCUGUUUAAAAAAAUUAUUUAAUGAUUGAUCUUGACGGUGUUUU